AUGUCGGAACUACCGUAUCUGGCCAUCGUUGGGGGAGGAAUUGCGGGACCUGCGCUAGCCCUCAGCCUGAAGAAACAUCACGGAAUUUCUUCGAUUGUAUAUGAACUUCAGCCCAAGUACGACGUGCGAGGAGUCAACAUCACUCUGGCACCUAACGCAGUGCGUGUCCUCCAGCACGUUGGAGUCUAUGACGUGGUCCGCACCCAGGGGUACAGUUACGAUGACCUUCAUUUGAGUAAUGCCAGAUCUCAGGCCCUUGGAAACUUACUGCAGGGAAGCCCAAAAUACUAUAAUUAUUCUUGCCUAAGAGUACAUCGAGCUAUCGUCCAGAAAGCGCUGUUGGACGAAUUAAAAGUACAAGGAAUUCCAGUUAUUUUUGGCAAGAAGCUGGUUCGACUACACGAAGAAAAAGAGUCUGUCGAGUUGGAGUUUGCUGAUGGAACUUCCGCAAGGGCAUCUUUUGUCAUAGGAGCUGAUGGCGUGCAUUCAAGGGUUCGAGAUGCCAUCAUGGAGACUCAAACAAGCUAUAGUGGGUUCAUGGGCAUCAUUGGCAUGGGCGUCAAGCGUGAAUCUCUUCACAAGUCGGCGAGCCAGGUGCCACUACCAAAUUUCGUAUUCGGCAGCAAAGGUUUCGUUGCCAUCAUGCCAUCCAGUUACGAAGGGACUGUAGUCGAUUUCUUCUCGACUAUGCCUUUUCCAGCCCGAUCAAGGGAAGAAUGGAAUGAGCUUGCCGAAGACAAGACGAAAGUACAAGAAAUCCUUCAAAAGCGAUUCGGCGAUAAGUGGCCCCAAUUCAUUUGUGACAUCACCAGAGACUAUGAUAAAGAAGGUCUGAGCCUGCUGCCGUUUUUCGAAGUGCCACCUCUAGAGCGCUGGACGAGUGUCAAACGACGAGUAAUCUUAAUCGGCGACUCUGCUCAUGCCUUCACACCUCAGGGAGGACAGGGUGCUGCGAUGGGUCUUGAAGAUGCCGAGACACUUUCGCAUACUUUGUCUCACCCAGAUUUUAAAUCAGACUAUAUGCGCCUGCUAACCAUCUGGGAACGUCACCGGAGUGAGCGGUUGCGUCUUGUCAAAGAUUUCACUGACUUGAACGGACGCUUGAGAUCACCCGACACUGCGUUCAUUCAAUGGGUCAAGGAGUGGCUUAUAUGGGGUCGCUUCAGGUGGACAGGUUCAUUGGGAAACAUGCAAUGGCUCCAUGGAUACAAUGCUGAAGACAUUGUUCGCUUUUUCUAG